GAUGCAUUGUUUGAGUCACUUCAUAAGCCUUUGUACAAUAAUUGUAAAGGUUUCUCUGUCUUAAGCGCGAUGGUGAAGUUGAUGAAUCUCAAAGUGCUUAACAAAUGGACAGAUAAAUCAUUCGACGGUCUUUUGGAGUGUUUGAGAGAGAUAUUGCCCGAGGGUAAUCAGUGCCCAGGGAAUUAUUACCAGACGAGGAAGCUUCUUUGUGAGGUGGGCUUAGGCUAUGAGCAAAUUGAUGUUUGUCAAUACGAUUGUGCAUUGUUUUAUGGUGAGAAUGCAAAUGCAGUGUCAUGUCCUGUAUGCAAGUCUAGUCGUUAUAAUUUUAGUCAUGGCACCUGGUCGUCGCACCACUCGAUCUACUGCUCAAAGUCAACAAGUUGAACCAGUCAUUGAUCCUCCUGCUCCACCUUCACAAGUUGUUCACACUACUCGGUCGAGUAUAGAGAAUCAACAAGUUGAACCAGUCAUUGAUCCUCCUGCUCCACCAACACAGGUUAUUCGCACUACUCGAUCGAGUUUAGAGAAUCAACAAGUUUGUCGCACCACUCGAUCUAGGGUACUAAGUCAAUGACCUAGAACCACCACACAAUCUAAUGUAGAGAGAGAACACCCUCAAGGCUCCACACACCCUACUGUACAGGGUGAACAAGUCAAUGUGACGACCCAUUUCAAUACCGAAGAUGAUAAUCAAUCUUCCCAAGUUCCAUCUGGUAAAUUUAAUGUCUUUCAUGUUCAUUUCUUUAAAUUUCUAUUUAUUUUAAUUAAGAUUAUAUUGUAUUGUAGGACAAACA